AUGUCAGCUCCCACUCAACCCGCCUUCACGACGGCCCUCCUCGCAGGAGCUCUCGCAGGAACCACCGUCGACCUCUCUCUCUUUCCCCUCGACACGCUCAAAACACGCCUACAAUCUUCAUCAGGCUUCCUCGCCUCCGGCGGCUUCACAGGAAUCUACCGCGGCGUAGGCAGCGCGAUCGUAGGGUCCGCACCCGGCGCAGCUCUCUUCUUCUGCACCUACGAAUAUACGAAGUCGUUCCUGUCUGCUAGGAGACAUGCGAAGCAAGUAAUAGAGGGACAGAGCGGAGAAUGGACGGCACCGAUCGAACAUAUGGUUGCCGCAAGCUUGGGAGAGGUAGCUGCAUGUGCAGUGCGAGUUCCUACAGAGGUCAUUAAGCAGAGGACGCAAGCUGGGCAGUACCCUUCGUCGCUGUCAACUAUCAAGGCGAUUCUGUCGCAGCGAAGAGCGAUUGGUGUGUCGGGUGUGUGGAUGGAGCUGUAUAGAGGGUGGUCAGUCACUAUUAUGCGCGAGGUGCCUUUUACUGUCAUUCAGUUCCCGCUGUGGGAGUCUAUGAAGGAGUAUCGGAGGAGGAAGUCAGGCAAGGACAGUAUAAGUGCGUGGGAGAGUGGGCUGUUUGGGAGUGCGGCUGGUGCUAUUGCUGCGGGGACGACGACACCAUUGGAUGUGCUGAAGACGAGGAUGAUGUUGGCGAAGGAGAAGACGGCUGUGAUACCAUUGCUGAAGCAGAUACUGAGGGAUAGUGGCCCAAGAGCCUUCUUUGCGGGGAUUGGACCGAGGAUUCUGUGGAUUAGUGCUGGAGGUGCUAUCUUUUUAGGCUCUUACCAAUGGGCGUAUAAUGCUUUGUCUGGAGAAGGAGAUUCAUGA